GAGCUCGUGUCUGGUUCCAAGGCAUGUGUGUAAAAUGCGAGAAUCACAGCCUUGCAAGGGUUUGGGGUGUCUUAGCUCAGCAUCCUGGUGUUUUUGCAGAAACUGAGCAGUGAGCAGCGAGCCCAACUUUCUUUUUCCGGAGGGAGGAGGUUGGGACCACUCAGAGCUUUCCUGGGGACCUCAUCAUCCCUAGACAUGACAUUGCAGAUCCACAGAAGGAAACAAUCCUCACAUCCCUCCAGCCCCAACAGGCCUCUGCAGAUCCUCAAGGCAGUGCUUCGUUCCUCUGCAGGGCUUGGCCAAGCCUGGGUCCCAUCCCAGCCCGUGUUCCCAGGUGCUGCGUGACACAAAACACCAAACUCAGGCUCUGCAUCCCAGAGAGCUGCUCUGGGGCAGCCCCAGCCCUCCCUGCUGGGGCUGCAGUCGUGUUUCUGGUGGAGGAAGGAGAGGGAGGGCUGUUCCUGGGGCCUCUCGUUGGGCUGGGGCUCAGGCAGGAGCUCCAGCACACCCAGGCAGUGACCAGAGGUGGGAAGGGAACGAGAAUUUCCACGCCAGUGGAAGAUGUGGAAGCUGAACCUUCUUCCCUAAGCUUCCAUGACCUGUGGUGUGUUCUGCAGCCAACACCAGAGCGUAUUCCUGACUCACCCCACCCUCAGCCCAGUGUGGGGGUGUCCUCACAGCAGGUCCCACCUAGCUGCUGCACUCCCCUCUUCAUCUGGUUUAUGUUCACAGGAAAUAUCUUCGCCUAGAUGGGAGAACACCUCAAAGACCAUUGCUCCUGCUUCCUCUGCUUGCAGGCUACAUGACAGGACAUGUGCCAUGUGACGGGUUAAGAGGGCACAUUUUGGGGAAGGGAAACUUUCUGACAGCUCAUCCCUAGAAGGCAGCAGGUAAUUAUACUCCCAGUGGGCUCCAUCCUCACCAGGACAACGCAGCGCCUGACUUUGGUCACGGUUUGGUAAUUUACAGCACAAAAAAGUCCAGCAAAAAGAGCAGUGGAAAGAGCAGCACUCUUUGGACUGCCCCCAAAGAGCGAUGCAAAGUCUGCCACCCAAAAUAAGCACAGGAGAUGGACCCUGCUUUGGUCAAUUGACAUUUGGCAGCUCUGGGUGUCACUUGGGAAAGUCACAGAGACCAACCAAAGGCAUCCCUAGGGACAGGCUUCCCUCUGCCAGGAGAGAAGCCUGCCUGGCCAGGAAAUGCCCCUCUGGAGGCAUUUUAUGGACUACAGGUUUCCAAGUGUGCAACAGUUCUCAAUUUCUCAAACAGUUCUCAGUUUUCUCCUUCCUGUGCUUUGCACAGCAUCCCAAGGCUUUAAAACCAGAAGAAAAUGGUGAAAAGGGAAGUGCGUGUUUUCUCUCCAAUCCCUUAUGCUAUCCGCCGGUCCCACAUCCUUUCCUCAUCAUUGCUUCUUUACAGAAAAGGGAUUUCAAGAGCAUUAUAAGGUGCUAGAAGGGGAGAGAGCCAGCCCUGUAAACUCCCCAUCUGAGGGUGAGCAGAGAGGUGAGAGCUUUUACUGACAGAAGACUGAGUGAAGACAAGCACUGUCCACCCAACUCUUCGCUAUUAUUGGAAAGAACACAUAUCAAGACAUCCACGGUUGAAGGUAUGAAAGACAUAAACACCUCUCCUUUGAAAGGCCCUUACUCAAAACUGAACUGGGAUGCAAUAAAUCAGCCCCCACAUUCACACAGAAAACCAAAAAAAAAAAAAAAAAAAAAAAAAUUUAAAAAAAAUAAAGAAAAGAAAGAAAGAAAGAAAGGAAGGAAGGGGAAAUUUAGAUUAGUCACAAAGAAGUUCCCCCGCCUGCUUCUGUGUGCAUAAAGCAAUCUCCUGAAGGCUCUGUCUUCACUUCAUCUCUGCUCCGGGACGGGAGCUCCCAGCCCUGCUCCCUGCCGGGCUCCUGGCCCUUCCCAGCAGCUGCUGCCGGGGGCUGGGAUGGAAGGAGGGGCUGGGAUGGAAGGACAGCCAGACGCUGAGCCAGGAGCUGGGCAGCAGCUGGAGCACCAAAGGGAGCGUGCAGAGGACGAGUGGAGGCUCUGGCAGGCAGGCCAGGUGAGGAGCUGGCUGCACCUCGUCUCCGCCGUGGCUCAGUGGGUUUUGCUGCUUGCCUGCCUGAUCUACCUGGGGGUUCAUUUCCUGCGGCCCUCAAAGACCCAGAGUGACAAAGGGCUGUGGACGCACAUCCGAUACACAGGCAGAAGCACCAGAGGAGCAGCCGUGAACCUCACCGCGGAAUCCGGGCCCAUCCAGAUCAGGAACGGCUCCGUCCUGGUCCCCUGCGACGGCCUCUACCUCGUGUCCCUCAGGAGCGGCAUCUACCCGGACGAGGAGGAGGAGGACUGGCUGAAGCUGACCCUGCAGGCCACCAGCAGCGUCCUGUGGGAGCAGGUUGUGCACAGCAAUGACAGCAGAGUGAACCUCACCACGGUGCUCUACCUGUUUGAGCAGGACAGCGUCACGCUGUGGACCAGCUCCAACGCCAGCCUCUCGGACCUGUCCCUCAGCCUGGUGUUAGUGGCUGACAACAACUCCUAGCUGCAGGAAGAGCAGCAUGGGAAGCACAGCCUUCCCCACCGAGCUGUAGGUUUUGUACUUGUAUGGGCAGACUGCUCUAGAGCCCUCCCCGGGGCUGCGGGGCGCCUCGCAGGGCGUGCGGACGAACCUCAGGCUUUUUAUAGUGCACGAAGGAUUGGCCUCUUUGGAGCUCCGUGCAGCUGAUCUGCUGCCCAGGAUGGAUCUUUCCAGCGCUGGGGAAAGGGAUGCGUGGAGCUCUUGAGAAGAACAGGAAUGAAAGCCAAAGAAAGUCACCCAAGCUUAGCUCAUAUUCAGAGAAACCCCGGGUUGCUCCGUUUACUUGACAGCAUCUGUAUAUAGUAGAAAUGUGUUGUGUUUUUCUCAAAUAAUAUCUGGUGAGUCAGGAAGAUACCUCAAGUGUCCUGAAGCCACUUGGAGCAGGAGGAGCACAAAUCUGCCUGGCAACAGGGAAUGCCUUUGGAGGGAGCCAGAUAAAGGCUGUCUGAGAGCAAGGGCCGUGAGAGAAGGUGGUGUGUGGAAAUGAGCUGACAGGACUGCACUGGGCAGCAGGAGCACUGACUCUGGAGUUUUGGGGAGCAGCCUUUGAGAGCAGAGCCCCACUGGCUGUUCCAGCUGUCUGCAGACUACUGAAGCCUGAGCCCAAGGAAUAUCUGCUAGGACAUUCACCUCUUGAGAUGUAAGGGCUCAGAGGAAAACCUCCUUCAAGCACACACACGCCGGCUUGACCCAAAAGUGAUCGGGCACAUAAAAAGUUGGGCAAACGUGAAGACUUCUGGAUGUGGUGACCUCUCUCUGACAGACCAAGUGAAGCUGCAGGUCUGUGCAGCCUUUCCUCAGGGAGCACUCUGAUGGUUCUCAUGACUGCCCUUGGCUUUGUCCCCCAGAUGUGCAGCAGAGAUUCCCAGCACGGCCUCCACGGGGCACCUGCCUGGCUGCUGCUGCAGUCAGACCUCCCUCAGUGACCCUGGGCUGCUCAUCCCUGUCCUCAUGCCAGCUCAGGUCCUGCCCAUGCUGCAGGCAGCCCCUGACCCCAGCACAGCCAGCAGCUGGGGGCUUUUUGCUUGCAAGCAAGGCAGAUUUUAACCACCUGUCAGUUUUUGACUUCGUGUCUCCCAAGGAACUCCAUCAACAUUUCGGCGUGUCGCUGCUGGCUGCACACCCCAAAGUCUUUUGUUAGAAGUAUUUAUGUAUUUAAAUGAUGGGCAUAAGAAUGUUACAUCAGAUUGCUUAGAAACACUGGGAAGGGCUCAGGCCAGGUUGUCAGCACGAAAGCCCUCUUUGAAAAUGCUCCCAAUGCUCUGGGCUGGUCUUGCUUUGCAGGCACUCAGACCUGGACUGACACACUCAUGGCUGAGCGCUCCAGCAGACUCAGGUGCUACAGGCAGCUAAGGACAUCCUGCAGGCCUUGGAGAGCUUUCCUGGGCUUUAGGCUAGGGAGCUUCCCUACCUGGGCCAGGCCAGAGCCUCAGGGGAAGCUGGCUGAAGCAGUCAGCUCAUGUAGUGCCCAGAAGCAGCUUUUCUCCCCUCAGCUGAGAGGCUGUGGCUGACUUGCACCCACAGGAUGCUCAUCAUUGAGGGAUAUUUUGGGCUUUUAACUCUGGCCACGCUCACCGCCACGGGGACUGAAGGCAGCUGCACCCGGCCCCGAGGCUGGGGAUUGUCACACUCCCCAGCAGAAGUGAGAAUGUGUUUCUCUUCCUAAAAAAUAAUAAAUGUUUCCUGUGCAACAUUUGGGCUUGUAGUGUCCCUUGGAGGCGGGGGCUGGGGGAGAAGGAGGUUGGAAGUGACUGGUGAGUGAUGCAUUCCGUGUUGGAGCAGACAUUUCCAGUGCUCUGGAAACUAUAUGAAAUUUUCACAUACUUCCUUUUUUUCCCACAGUUCAGCUGUUGUUUCAGCUCUCCACGAGGGUGUGCCGGGCUGGUGCUUCCCAACACGUGCUAACACAGGGCAAGCCAUGCCAGCGGCGUGUGCAGGGCUGCACAGGACAGCGAGAAAGAUGAAGCCUGGGGAGCACAAAUGGAUUUGCUCUUUGGAAGGCUGCACCCUUCUUGUUUAGAGCAGGAGAGGGCUUUUCACUCACUGAUCCCACUGCACUUCCAGGCUGAACUGGACUGACCUACAUCUAUACAUAGACCUGCACUUGCCUUGAAAUACAGGUUGAAGC